UAAUCUCUCGUAUCUUUUAAGCGCAACGGCACUCUCUCUCUCUCUCUCCGCAACGCCUCCCUGCGAUUCCAAAACCCUCUCUCUCGUUCUCACUCCUCUCUCUCUUGACGCUUCCCUGCGAUUCCCUCGUUUGACUGCAGGCCAGGCCUUCCUAGAGGGAGGGCAAUCGGUCGAGUUGGUCGAUCAAAAAAUUACAGUGGAGAGAGAGAGAGAGAGAGAGAGAGAGAGAGAGAGAGAGAGAGAGAGAGAGAGAGAGAGAGAGAGAGAGAGAGAGAGAGAGAGAGAGAGAGAGAGAGAGAGAGAGAGAGAGAGAGAGAGAGAGGGCGUGAAUGGAGGAUCCCUAAUGGAGAUACGGUGCUUCUGCCGACAGAGGUUCUAAUUCUUUUGCCCUAACCCUAACUCUUUCUUCGUUUCUCUUCAUCGCUCGCACGAAUUUUUAAUACUCGGGAAAUAUUUCAAUGUCGUCACGUCUGAUUCAAACAGAGCUUAACAACGACUCUCAUCGUUUGUUGAUCACGGUUUACAGGCACGCUUGAACUUGGACCAGGAAAUCUUUACUUUAUUCCAGUGGUGUAUAUAGCGUUACGUGGACAGGAAGUGGUGAUAUUUUGAAGAACUUUUAGAAAUUUUUACUUAAGGUUACUUUUGAAGGCUUGGGGCGAUUGCAUAUGUGACUGAAAUUUGUUUUUGUGCUGAAUAUGUGAUAACCAAUUCAGUACUUAAAUUGAACAUAUUGAAUGAUAACUGAUUAAGUAAGUUUGAUCUAACUAUUUGCUUAUGUUUUUCUUUUGUGUUUCGUGGCAAAGGUGAAUGCAUCUGUCCAUUUAAGGUACAAAUAUGUUCGCCCCUUCCCUUUUUGCCUUUUGUUUUGAUUAUAGCAUACCACUAUUGAGGGAGGCGGCGAUAGUGGUGCCGUGAGGUAUCGGCAGCUGUUGCCGAGCAUGAGGAGGCUGUCGACUUUGCCGGGAAGGAGGUUGUCGGGUGGGAUUAGGGUUUCACCUGCGAGGUUGGAUUCGGCUAGUAAGAAGAAGAUGGCGAGCAUACCUGUCGUGAUUCGAAGGUUUCCGAGGCGCUUGUUGGGUCGGGGAAGGGGAGUAGGAAGGAUUGGGAUGAGUUACUGGUGGAGUCGGUUGCGGCCUCUGUUGAGGUGAAAGAGAAGGGUUCUGCCAAGAACAAGCCGGAUUUGCGAACUCAGGCUAUUUAUAUCUUGAAAAAGCGGACUCUGUUUUUGUGGCAGCUCACACAUCUGCUGGGAGACAGGUGUUGCAAUUUGUGCAUUUGCUUUGGAAUCCAAACACUGUACGAGAGAGCUUUAUAUACUGCUCUGAUCAAAACCAUUAGCAACCAAGAAUACAGUGAUUUUUGUGGGAAAUUUGAUGUUGGCCUUCUCACUGGGGAUGUAAGCUUGAGGCCAGAUACUGCGGUCAAUGCUUUAUAGGGGUGCUGACAUCAUACGUGACAUUGAAUGGGUGAAGGCGUAAAGCGGUUCCUUUUCUUUUGGAUUAUGACUGCCCUUGCUGUUAUAUUCGAUGAAGUGCAUUGUGUUAAUGAUGUGGAAAGGGUGUUGUUUGGGAAGAAGUUAUUAUAAUGCUUCCAAGGCAUAUCCACUCCGUCCUCCUGGAUUUGUGGCCAAGCCUUUAUCCUUUUUUCCAUUGCUUUGUCGAGAAGUUUACUGUUCUUGCGGCGUGAGCAUAUACAUAUUCUUAAAGAAGAAUGAAUUUUUAGUCUCGAAAACUCAUCACUGAUAUGAAGGAGGAAGAACUGAGUAGAAACCAUCUCUCUCCUCUGCAAACUGAUGGCUUUUGGAGAAGAUCUUGACGACAAUGGAGGGAAAGAGAGAGGCGAUGGCGAUGGCGAUGGAGGGAAAGAGAGAGGUUGCAAAUAUUGGAGGAGGAAGCCCCAAUUUUGAAAUUAGAUAGCCACACCAGGUAUAAAUUAACCCCUAGCUUGAUGGAAUCAGAUCCUAAUUGUUGGUCUUUUGUAAGGUGAUUUUACGAACAUUCUUCGAGUGCUUUCUUCCAAUUUUGCGUAAACCAUUUAUGGAUUUGUGUGGUAUAUAUUUAUAACCCUAGAAAAGAAUCGAGAUGGUGAAUCUAAGUAGAGUGCUGCUCAGAUAUGGAAGGCUCGUAAUCAGUAAAACUCUCUCAGAGAUACUGGAUUUUCCGCUCUCAGAAUCACUCUUGCACCAUCCAUGGUAGUCGGAGUCUGGUUCUGACUCAACAACACGAACCAUAGUCGCCAGCAUGAAGAAAACCAUAAUAUCUGUUACGAUUUAAAUUUCUGAUUUAUUUUGUUUCUCUGACUUUGUUUGGUUUCUGAGAAAGUCCAUGUGAAGUAGAGAUUCCUUUUCUCCUCGGCAUGAAUAUUCAUGUACAGGUGGAGAAAAUUUUCAAUGCAACGGUUAUUUGUCACGUCUCUCUCACAUGCCCAUUAUGUGAUUUGAUGGUUAAGAGUUUACGGUCGUUUGAUUUAGGCAAAACUUAUUGAGAUACUUAUGCCCAUUAUGUCACUCCUGCCUUCUAUUUUUGGAGCCUUGGAUUCAUCCAAAUGCUUCAAUUUUUUGUUGUUUCCAGAUUCAGCUAUGCGUGAAUUUCACUGGGAUUCAUAAAUUGGAGACAUUGAUUACAAUAACCGUCUGAUUGGUCAGUUCCUUCAACAAUGAAAAAAAAGAAAGAAUAACAACUCUCUGUGAAAAACAAAGGAGAAUCUGCCAAAGAUUUGAUGAGGCGACAUUGAACCUUAAUUUAUUGAAAUGUGUGCUACGGAUAAAACUAUGUUCUAUAUAGUGGAGCAAUAUUGUGAAUAUUCUGUUUUCUUAAUAAGAAACUGAUGGUAGUUAAUUUGCAGAAAAAAGUUGAACGAUGCAUUGUCAGGAGACUCAGGACCAGUUGAAGCUCUUCUAGAUGGAGCUGGUGAUGAUACGUGGCUGGCAAUAAGGAAGCUUCUCCGAUGUGAGACUGAAUCAGCUGUCUCUGGGUUCUCUGUUGCACUUUCUUUUUUCAACAUGGAUGAACAAACAAUGGACAAGAUGCUUGCGAGUUUGAAGGAUUAUGCAAGAGGAGUGGUUGAGUCGAAGACGAAGGAAGAAGCUGCAAGAGUUCUGAUCCCUAUGAAGGAUAGGUUUACAACAUUAUUUAGUCUGGAUUCUGAUUCAAUGCCGCGGGUUUGGACUGGGAAGGAAGACUUUCGAGCAAUCACCAAGAUGGCUCGCUCAUCAGUAUGAUACGUUUUAUCUUGAAGUUUCAUUCACAUUCAGUGAAAUUACAGUUUGAUGUUAAAUUUGGGUCUCACCUUUUUUUGUUUUCUUAAUUGUUUCAUUUGCAGUCUUUGCAGUUGCUUUCUGUUAUGGCUGCAAUCCGUUUGGAUGAUGAGGCUGAUAAUAAGAGGACUGAUUAUCCAUUGUAAUUUGUUCAAUUUUAUUACAGAACAACAUGCACUUCAAAAAAAUCACCUGUCCUUUGUCUUCUUCAUUGCCGUCCUAUCCACCCUGUGGGCUAUAAUAAGAGGAUGAUUAUGUUUAGAGCCGAUUUGGCCAUUUUUGAUUAAUUUUUCCAAUUUUAUCCCCUUAUUGGAGGAGGCUUGGCUUUGGGGCCGGGGGCAAUUUGGUCAUUUUACUGGUUUCGUUGGUAGGCCAUAUGUGUAAUUUGGUCAAAACUAGGUUUUCUGACUUCUGAACAAUUCCAAAUGUGUCCCUCCAAAAAUGCCUUUGUUUUGUCUUCUUGUGCUUGGAAUUUUAAAUUUGUGCCUGGGUUGUUUGUCAUUUCUGGCUUUAUGGCGGGUCGUAGGGUUGCAGUAGUGAUGAUGCAGUGAGAAAAUUAAAGAAGUCUGUUCGAUGGGAUGUUGGGGUAGAUUUUGGGUUCUUUUACUGGUCUUUGUUUCCUUUUUCUGUUGUCGUUUAUGCAGUUAGCUUUGGUUAUUUUGGGCGACGAUAGUUGAGAGCGAUUUAGGGUUUCUCUUUCGUUCUGCCUCUUUCAUCCUUGGUUUGUUUUACGGUAAGUGAUUUAGCUCUCUCUGUUUGCUAUUUUGUUUGCGUACUUUGUUGGAUCGCACAUGAUUUGCUCUAAGGUAUUGUUUGUACUCGUGUUCGUGAUUAUUCUUAUGUGAUAGAUUGUUCAGGUAUAUUAAGUUGGAUAUUUGUUGGUUCCAUGUUCUUAUGCAUGUAAUUGUUUUAAGUUUUUCUCUUCAUAGCUGUCUGUGGUGUUGCUACGUGUUAGGGUUUUCGCCCUGGUUUGGUCAAAGAGAGGGGAAGCGUAGGGGCGGAAGAAAUCAAAUAUUAGGUUAGCAGUUAGGGUUUUUUUACCCAUAGAUGAGGCCAAAGCUAUUGGUAACUGUCUUUUAGGGUUUUGUUUGAGUUUGACUCUGGAGUUCCUAUAAUUUUAGGAACCCUUAAUGGGCUUUGCAAAGUGGACUGUUCUUUGUCAUUUUCGGCUAAGUUGGGAUGAUUUUUAUUCAAAUUUCUGUAGCAUGGAGUUGAAGUGUAAAAUUUUAAAAAUAGAAUGAUAUCUGGAUUGCUUAUGUAUAAUUCAUUGACUAAGUACUUGUAUGCAAAAAAAUUAUCGAAUUUCUUUAAAAUAGAAUCUAUUAGCCAUUCCGCGGAGGUUAUCCUGUGAUUGCUCAUUAAAAUAUGACAUCAUUAUGAUUGCUCAUUAGAAGAUGUUAAGAGAUAAAGUGGGAAAGUGGCUAUUGUUCACCUUUUUAUGUCAUUUUUGGUGAAUUCGGCAAAGCUACCACUUGAAAAUGUCACAACAUGAUUUAUGUGGCGAUUUGUAGGGAAACACAGUGGACAUAAUGGUACACAUGAAGGAAAAAGUUGGGAUAAUCAAUGCUAGGUUUUUUCCAUCCGUUUUAAUCCAACUAUUUUGUAUACAUAUUCUCAUGACACAAGCCACACCACUUUUUAUGCUGCAAAGAAGAGUUGGUUUAUAUAUAAGUUAUGUGACUUUGACAUAUAUAAGUUAUAAGUUACAUAUUUUGUUAAGUAUCCUACCUCUGAUGUAAUUGUGUUUCAUAGGCGAUCAUUAAACCCCAGUAUGUUGAUUACAUCCCAAAAGCAGUGCAAGGGAAUGUAGGGCAUGUGCUCAAACAGAAAGAUGAAAGAAUGACUCUGCAUUGAUCUUGAACUGAAUCAGGUACUGGAUCGUAACGUAGGGGAUUUAUCUGGUGGAGAGCUUCAGAGAUUUGCUAUUGCUGUCGUUGCCAUACAGAAUGCAGAGAGAUACAUGUUUUAUGACCCCUCGAGUUACCUUGAUGUAAAACAGAGGCUUAAAGCUGCCCAAUGCCUAACAGUUAUGUAAUAUUGUCGUGGAGCAUGACCUCAGCGUCCUAGAUUACUUGUUGCCUUGUUGGACUUCAUUUGCUGCCUUUAUGGGAAGCCUGGUGCAUAUGGGGUUGUUACCCUUCCUUGAAUCUCUUACUUUUAAGUUUGCUGAAACUCCUCAAGAAAGUGCUGAGGAGAUUGAAACUGAAACAUAUGCAUGUUAUGGUUACCCUACGAUGACUAAGACUCAAGGAAACUUAAGGCUUCGAGUGGUGGAGGAUUUCAAUGAGGAGCUACAAAGGCCAGAAGCAAUCUCUAAGAUUGAUAGCAGUUAUUGUGAAGGUGGUGUUUCCAAGCCAGUGGAUGAUAGAGAGGAUGGGGGUGAGAAUCGUACCUCUCGUGUGGACGCUGCCGCUCCACCAUUGUCCAAGUGUAAAAGGGACUAUAUUGCUGGAACUCAUGUCCCAUGUUCCGAAAGGCUAAGGGGCCAAAGAUGCAGAAACAAUCCAGAGGUUGGAAAUCAUGAACUUGGAAAGAAAUGCGACAAGGUGGUGAACGAUAGUGCUGAUCUGGCCUCUUCAAGAUCCAGACUAAGGGAAGGUCCUGGAGAUGAGAGAGGAGAUUCUGGUGUGCCAGUCAAUAAAGUUUCGCAACUUCUACCUCUUCCUUUUCCUCUGAGGUUACCUCAUCGUCACCUACUUACCUGAAGUUCACAUGGUUAAGUCAGAGGAAGAAACAGGAUUGUCUGAUAUGCAAAAAACAUUUCAUGUUCUUCUGAAUCCUGAGAUUCCCAAACUCUGAAAUUCUGCAGCUUUCGGUAUGUAUCUCGUGCUUCUUUUACUUAGUUUUGUUUAUACUAUCACUUUCACCACUUAAUGCUCUUUUCUCUUUCUCUCCACUCCUUCCACUUUGUUUUUAUUUUGGUGGUAGUUUUGCUAUGACGGAAAUAUGAAUUUAUGAAAUCCUCCUUAAGGUUUAUCUCAGUGGGAAAAGCUGCUACAUGUUUUCAUCAAACUCAUCCCCUAAUGCCUCGAUAAAUUACAAAACAUGGUUAAUAUUUAACUCUUCAGUAUCAUGUAUAUGAUAUCAUGCUCCUGAGCAUGUCCAUUGACAAUGUUAAGAUUCACAACAAUUUAGCUCCAGUAUAUGUGCUGCAAAUCUUCUAUGGUAAAAAAUUCCCGUUGAUGUCCAAUUAUAAUAGAACUUUGCAACAAUGAUUGUCACCCUACCCUCGUAACUUUAUUAUUUGUCUUAAAAAGUCAGUUUGUUGAUUAUGUCUGCGUACUUUGAU